AUGAUCCAGAAAGAAGGGGUAGACGUUUGUUUUAUUCAGGAGUCUAAGCUAAGGCAGGUGGAGGUUGGAGUGGUGAAGGAAUUUUGGGGGAAUGAUUAUGUGGAGUGGUCCUCGACAGAUGCCGUAGGAGCAUCGGGGGCUGCAAGGAGAAGGUCUUGGAUCCAGCUGUUAGACAUAAAAAAGGCGCAUCCUGGUGGUAAUUGGUGUGUGGGAGGAGAUUUCAACUCCAUAGCUCACGUGGAAGAAAGAAGAGGUAUCUCUAAUAGGUCUUUUGUCAACGAAGUGAAUGAUUUCAAGAGCUUCAUCGAGGAUUUGGAUCUGGUGGAUCCCCCGGUUGUGGGGGGAAAGUUCACUUGGCAAAACAGUCGCGGGAAGGCAAUGAGCAGAAUAGAUAGGUUUUUGAUUUCCGAGAGUUUGUUGGUCGAGUGGAAUGUGGGUGCCCAAGUGAUAGGAGGUCGUGAUUUGUCGGAUCAUGCACCUAUUUGGAUCAAAGAUAACAAAAAAAACUGGGGGCCAAAACCGUUCAAAUUCAACAAUAAUUGGUUGAAGCAUAAAGAGUUCAUCCCUUUUGUUGAGAAGGAGUGGUCGUUGAUUAAUGUUAAAGGAAGAGGAGACUUUUGCUUGGCGGAGAAAUUGAAAGCGCUUAAAGAAAGGCUCACUUGGUGGAAUAAAGUGGUGUAUGGUUGGAUAGAUCUUAAAAUAGAUGCGGCUUGCAAGGAGAUUCAUUUUAUUGAUAACGAGUUUGUUAAUUGUGCAGGUCAAGCAAUGGAUGAAAUCGUUAAAAACCGAGCUAAAGAGGUGGAGAUCUUUUGGGAUAGUCUUGCAAAAAAGGAAGUCUUGAUUAGACUAAAGUCUAGACAAACUUGGUUGAAGGAGGGAGAUAGCAACUCUCGUUUCUUUCAUAAUUCCUUGCGGAGUAGAAAGGAUAGAAGUGCUUUAUGUUCCCUUAAUUCUUGUAGGGGAGUAAUUGAAGAGGUGGGAGAGGUCAAAGCGUUUGUUCAGGACUUUUUCAAAAGCUUUUGGAGCUUAGUAAAAGUUGAUGUCAUGAAGUUCUUCGGGGACUUUCAUUCGAAAGGAAAACUAGUAAAGUCGAUUAAGUCCUCGUUUUUAGCUCUUAUUCCUAAGAACAAAAAUCCUCAAGAGCUAAGUGAGUAUCGUCCCAUUUGCUUGGUGUGGUGUAUAUACAAGCUGCUUUCUAAGGUGUUGGCCGCUAGAAUUAAGAAGGUGCUUGGGAAGUUGGUCUCUCCUAAUCAAACCGCGUUCGUUCCGGGAAGGAAUAUGAUGGAUGGAGUGGUGUUGGUGAGUGAAAUUUUGGAUUGGUCUAAGAGAUUUAAGAAAAGUUGUUUUCUCCUCAAGAUUGAUUUCGAAAUGGCGUAUGACUCCGUGUCUUGGGAUUACUUGAGAUUUGUUCUCAAGGAAAUGGGAUUUGGGGACAUAUGGCUAAAGUGGUUGGAAGAAAGUGUUCUUAAUAGUUAUAUGUCCAUUCUUGUGAACGGUAGCCCGACUAAAGACUUCGAAGUUUACAAGGGCCUAAGGCAAGGAGACCCGUUAUCUCCCUUCCUUUUUGUUCUUGCUAUGGAAGGUCUUACCUCCUUAGUGAGGAAAUCGGUGGAGUUAGGGGAGUUUAAACCUUUCAAGUUUGGAGGAGGUGAGGUUUUGGACAUUUUACAAUUCGCGGACGACACCAUUAUGCUUGGGGAGGCGACUACCGAUAACCUUUGGAGUUUGAAAGUGGUGUUGAGAGGAUUUGAAUUGGUGUCGGGUUUGAGAAUAAAUUUUGUUAAAAGCAAUGUUUAUGGUGUCAACGUGGGUGAGUGGUUUUUGAAUACGGCGACUUUUUUCCUAGGAUGCAAAAGAAGUGUGAUUCCUUUUACCUUUCUUGGAAUCCCGGUUGGGGGUAAUCAUAGAAGUAGGAGAAUGUGGGUGAGAUCUAUUCAAAACAUUAAUAAUAGGUUAUCGGUGUGGAAAGGAAAAUCUAUAUCAAUCGGAGGUCGAGUUAUGCUUAUCAAUGCGGUUCUUAAUGCUAUUCCAUCGUUUAUGUUCUCUUUUUUCAAAGCUCCGAGUUUGGUUAUAAAAGAAAUUAGAGGAUUAAUUGCUAACUUUCUUUGGGGAGGGUGUAAGGAAAAGAGAUGCAUUCAUUGGGUCGAUUGGAAUACGGUGUGCAAAACCAAGGAGAAUGGAGGUCUCGGCAUAAGGGAUGUUGGAGAAAUAAACAAGGCACUUCUUCUCAAAUGGAAGUGGAGAAUUCUCACAGAGGACAAAGCUAUUUGGUGGAGGUUUAUUAGAUAUAGAUAUGUUGAACCAAAGCUUAUUGUGCAAGGGAAAGGCGUGGAAGGGAGGAUUUCAAAAGAAUCUAUGUGGUGGAGGGAUGUUAUGCUGAAUGAAGUAAAGUCUGAAGAUAGUGAGGAAGGUUUUAAGAGCAAUAUUAGGUGUAUUUUGAAUGAUGGCUCUGAUAUUCUGUUCUGGAACAGUGUUUGGUGUGGGGAUAAAUCUCUGUGUUUGUUAUUUCCUGGCCUUUAUGCAGUGUCUUCUAACAAGUGGUGCUCGGUAUCCUCUGUUCUUGACAGGUCCGAUGGAGGAGCUUGCUGGCAGUAUGCGACUUUAAUGGGUUCUGCUGAAGCUGUGGAGACGGUGCUGGCCAGUCAGGUUCUUUCGGUUCAGUGGGCUGGGUGUCAGGCGGUGUUGGAAGCGGUUCAGCAUGGUGGCAGAGGUGAGGACACGUUCGUUUGGAGGCAGAAUUCGAAUGGCAUUUUCUCAGUUGCCAGCAUCUCCUCGCUGUGUGCUCGUGUUAAGAACUGUUCUUGGCAACCGGUAACGUGUAGGAUUUUGAACAUUGUUUGGGGUUUAGAUCUUCCGGCUAGGAUAGCUAUAUUUGCUUGGAGGUUUUUUGUCGCGAGGCUUCCUACCAUCGAUUCUCUAAUUGCUAGAAGCAUCUCGAAUAUCAACAAUCUCAACUGUGCUUUUUGUGGGGAUCAUGAGGAGUCUGCUACGCAUUUGUUCUUUGACUGCCAGGUAACGCAUAAAGUUUGGGAGUGGGUGUUUUUUUGGAUAGGUGAUAUAAGACAUCUCACGCUGGAAGAUUUCAAAGUUUUUAUGUUGGUUCAAGAAAAGGUGAAGAAAGGCAACGAUAGGGAGAAGCUGAAUUUUAUUUGGAUCUCCUUAAUUUGGAGCGUUUGGCUCAUGCGUAAUUCGAUAAUCUUUGAGCAUGUCCAGUUUAACUUUGAGGUGGUGGUUUACAAUGUUUUGUUCUUUUCUUGGAGUUGGUUAGCUAGAUUAAGUGAGGCUUUUUCCUUUUCUAGUUAUUAUGAUUGGUACAAGUUACCGAUGUCUUGUUUCGAGUACUUGUAA